AUGUCAUUCCAGUUGGACUGUGAUUCAAAACAGUAAGCCUGAUAUUUGAUUAGUCGAGGACCGAACGAUAAGUGGUAAAUGAAUUGAUUCGUGUGUGUUUAGUUACUUGUUAUCAUUGUUCAACUUUUCCUUUUUCUCUGUUUUCUAAUGGCUUCGAUGCUGAAUCUUUUACCGAAUCGAUUGUCGCAAGGAUUAACAGCGGCAUAUUUUACCGUAACUAGUUGGAGUCUUCGAAGACGCUCGACGCUAGUGCAAACAACCAAUAUGGUUCGUAUGACGGUGACAAAGAUACCGGCUUUGAAGGACAACUUCAUGUACCUAGUAGUUUGUAACGAGACCAGAAAUGCAGCUAUUGUGGAUCCGGUGGAACCAGAUCGAGUGUUACAAGUAGUCAAAGAUGUGGGUGUAUCGUUAAACAAAGUACUGACUACUCACCACCAUUGGGAUCAUGCUGGUGGUAAUGCUGAUUUAUUCAAACGUUACCAGAUGGACCCAUCUUUGGGGCCGUUGGCCAUUUAUGGAGGGCAGGAUGAACGAAUUCCCAAUUUAACGAAUCCGGUUGAUCAGGAUGAUACAUUGGAAAUUGGUAAUCUUAAGGUGCGCUGUAUUUCCACUCCUUGCCAUACGACCUCCCACAUCUGUUAUUAUAUUGAAACUCCAGAGGACAAGGUAGUUUUUACUGGCGAUACGCUUUUCCUGGCUGGCUGCGGCCGAUUCUUUGAAGGAACACCUCAGCAAAUGUACGAUGCUUUGAUUAAAAAACUUUCUGCGCUGCCGGAUGACACCAAGGUAUACUGCGGUCACGAGUAUGCUUUAAACAAUCUUCGUUUCGGAAUCACUGUUGAACCUAAUAACGAAGAUAUCGCGAAGUUACUUGCCAUUGCCAAGGACGCAGAUUUGGAUGGUCGUCGUGCCAUGGUGCCUUCGACAAUUGGGCAAGAAAAACGAACGAAUGUUUUCAUGCGGGUCCAUGAAGGAAAUGUACAGCAGUUUGUGGGUAAGAAUACUCCAUUGGAAACGAUGCAGGCGCUACGUGCGGCCAAAGAUAAAUUUUGAAGAUGCUUUCAGAAAUGAUCAGUUAUUAAUAAAUAUGCGUUUUUAUUAUGCGUUGGGGGAAACUAACAAUUUGAAACAUGAUGUAGAAUGGGGUUUGCAAUCAUUCAAUAAACUGCAUUAUUUCGAUA